CAUAAUGGAAGAAAGAGGACCAGGUUUCAGGAGAGAUCUAUCUACACUUGUAAUAUGAGAGACUCAGGAAUCCAAGCCAGCUUAUGCUCCAAUACGUCUGUUAGCCUUUAAGGUGCCACAGGACUCUUUGAUGCUUUUUACAGAUCCAGACUAACACGGCUACCCCUCUGAUACAAGCCAGCUGUGUGUGUGUCCGUCCCUGUCUCCACUGCCCCCUACUCUGUUCCUCCUGAAGAUCAAGGUAACCCCCUGCUGCAAAGCUCCAUUCCAGACAGGACAUGUAAGCCAUGCUCUUUAGCUAAUGCACUUUGCUUCUCUGCUUUAAAGAGUCCUUUGUUUGCUUCCCCCAGCAUGCUCCCUAUGCGGCUGCUAAGAGACCAUUUGCCUUCCACCCCUCCCCUGCUCCCAGUACACCAGGACCACAACAGUCAAUUUGUGAACAGCUGCUCUCACACCCACCCAUUGCUGCUUCUAAAUGCCAGAUGCUUGGACCUAAGAUCUUUGAGAGCACACCACUCAGGGCAACCACACAGGGGUUCUCCUCUGUUUAGUUAUGCUGGGUUCCCCUGAGACCUCUUCCCCUCAGCUCCCCAAGAACGACUCUGGGCUGAUCACUCCGGCGUCUGAUUUGGCAGAUGGCAAAGCUACGCUGCCUUGCUCAGACUCAAGUGUAGGGGGUGGGUAUAGGGCAUAUCACACAUCCAAAAUUACACAUAUCGCCAACUUACCCAAGUAUCACAUAUCCCAAGUUACACGCCAACCUCUUCCUUUGUACAUUACAUUGCAUUCAUGAUCCAUCGCUUCACAUUUUGGAAUUGGCUUGGUUCCUUUGGAGGAACCAAUCCCUGUACAGCAAGCUCUACCCACGCACUAUGUUCGACUUUACUCUUUACCUCUUUACAUAUUUACGCUCCUGACUUCCCUUGUCCACUGUUUUCUUGCUGUUAACAACUGGUUCCCCGGGGGUUCUCCCUCUUAUCAUAGCUCUCCCAGACACUCUCUCUUGUAGCUUACUGUCCCAUUUGCUUAUCUUAGCGCAAACAUUUCUGCUGCUCUAGUUACCUCCCUAAUCUUGUCUUCCAAGAAAUGAGGCCUCCGCAUGUAUCAUAACUUGUAGCUGAACAUGAGUAAUGUUAGCUUAUCGCAUGGAAAUUCUUCACAUGCAUCAUUUUAUCUGCUGUAAAAUGCCCUUUCAGUUGACCUAAAGCUAUUUGACCCCAUUUCACCAAAUAGUUUGGCCAUUCCCUUCCCCACCACCCCUUGACCCCAUUCACAAAAUAGUGGGUUGGGGGUUAGAUACUGUCAUAACUACUGGACUAAAAGUUCUAUGGGGAGGACGUUCAGAGGGGAUGGAUCAGUGAUUUCUCCCUCCUCGGUGACUGGUUCCAUAGCUUGGUGGCUGGGAGAGUCUCACAUGCUCUCUGGCCAGUGAAGGUCUGAGUACUUUAUAUGGCAUCAGCAGGAGAGAUUGGGAGGUACCUGCCCUAGGACAACCCACAGCCUGACCAUCUCCCAGGAGCUGCUCUAACCGCAGGGAUAAUGGUGCACAACCACCUCCGUCUGUUUUGUGGAUCUUGUCCUGUAAAAAGGCCGGGGAAGAGGAGUCCCGGUGAUUCCGUCUCUUCCUCAGGGGUAGCUGCUGCUAACUUGAUCAUGUUAGACCCCCCCCACUGCUCCCCAGCCCGAUCCCUGGAGCUUCAGUGGCUGCUCCCACCCCUGCUCUUGUCUCUGCCCCCAGCAGCUGCGAGCUUGCCCCCCCCCCCCGCCCCGGAAACAGAUCAGCCCCUGCAAUAUUUCUAUUGUGGAGGGGGUGCUCUCGCAUGCCCCCCUUCCCCACCCACAGCUGUUCUGCCACCCCUGCCAGGGGGCCAGGUUACAGAAAUACCUGCAGGAACUAAAAUAAUACAAGACGCUGCCAGGUAAAUGACUCUGGAGAAGUACCAGACCCCGGGAAAAGGCAAAAACUGAAUUUGAUCAGAUUCAACUGUCUGUCUGUUGUUCAUUUAUCUUCUCCUGCUUGUUUUUUUUUCCUGUUCUUCCCUGACAACUAAUACAAAUGUCUGUGUGCAUGCAUAUAUGGUUGCUAGGAGUCAGGCCAACGAAUAACAGGUGCAUCAGAUUGUAUCCUGUUUUUUGUGCUUUUUAAACAAAUUUGUUAGCCAAGUUCUUAGUUUAUAGUCUGUUUUUCUUCAGGAGACGAGUCUGGGUUGGGUUGGGAAAGGUUUUAGGCAGACGCUGUGCAAUGACACAGGCUGCCGGGUGUCUUGACUGGUCUUCUAAGCACAGGCCUGGGGCUGUUCGGCCUCCAGAAGCAGCCAGUGCAUUGAGUCCAGCAUGGGCGUAAGCUGACAGCUCUGUCUCAUAGUCUUGGGACAUCAGCUGGCCUCAGUUCCAGACCCGUCCAUUGCCACAGGCUCACUGCACAUCCUACUCCCACAGAGUUUGGUGCCAGGCUGUGUAUCCACAUUGCAGAUGGACAGAGCGACUUUGGGGAUAAUGCUGUUUGCUUUGAAGUGCCCACUGCGAGUUUCAAGCUCUGCAGCUGCUGUUACUAGCUGCUGGGUGAGUUGAUCUCGCACCUGAUUUAGGGCUUGUGUACACUGGCAACUUUCUCGCUCAGGGCUGUGAAAAAACACCCCCCAGGGGAAUGCAAGUUUCAGUGCUAUAAAGCACCAAUGUAGACAGUCACUCGUGCUGGGAGCGAUUCCUCAUUUUAGCAGAGCUCUUUGUUCAGAGCUAGGAGCAAACACAUUCCUGGGACUCUUUACUCACUGCACCACCCGGGUUGGUAUUUAAGCCGCAGGGCAAACAAUGGGCCCAGUUCAUGCAGCCCAUUUUACCAGUGCAGCAUAAGGACAAAGCCUGGCGCCAAACUGUGGUGGUAAGACUGGCUCGUGACAACUGAAGGGUCGGGAACAGGGGCCCAUUGACGUCCCACGACUCUGAGACAGAGCGGACAAGAUUGAUGGAUUCCAAGGCCAGACAGGACCAUUGUGAUCAUGUAGCCAGAGCUCCGGAAUAGCACCAGCCAGAGAGCGGCCCUGGAUGAAUUCCUGUUUGAACUAGAGCAGAGGGUUUAGAAAAACAUUCAAUCCUGAUGGAAACAUUUACAGUGAUGGAGAUUUUAUUAAGAUUCAGAUAAUACAAAGGGUCACUGGCCUAGUGGAGAAGCAGGAGACGUGAUAUAUCUUGAUUUUAGCAAGGCCUUUGACACAGUCCCACAUGACAUUCUCACAAGCAAACUGAGGAAUGUGGUCUAGAAGAAAUGACUAUAAGGUGACGACACAGCAGUCUUGGUGCUGAUUGUCCAGAAAAUGGCAGAAGAGAGCGCCGAAGCAGCAAGUGAUACCAGUGGAGGGGUGACUGGCGCAAUGCUGCGGGGUCACGGACCAGUGGAAGAAAGGGGAAGAGAUGUGGAUUUCAGCCUAAAAUGCAUUAAAGGUAAACGAAUCCCAAUUAUUGUUACUGUCGUAAUCACAGCUUUGAUCAUCACCAUAAUUGCACUGGCAGCCACGAAGACGCCCCCCUGCCCAGGCUGCCCGCCCCAUGUCACUGCUGCCUGCCCGUAUGGCUGGGUGGGAUACCAAGGGAAAUGCUACUACUUCUCAGAGACUGAAGGGAACUGGAACAACAGCCAGAGCAACUGCUCUUCCCUCAACUCCUCCCUGACUUCCAUUGAUUCCCUGCCAGAGCUGGAUUUCAUGCUGCGCUAUAAAGGGGUGCCUUACCACUGGAUUGGCCUCCGGAGGGAACAAGGCGAGGGCCAGCCCUGGAAGUGGACCAACGGCACCAUAUUCAACAACCUGUUUCCAGUCAGAGGGGAAGGGCAGUGCACCUACCUGGAUGAAUAUGGGGUCAGCAGCUCCAGGUGCUACUCAGAGAGACAUUUCAUCUGCAAGCGGCCGGACAAGUGCUCUAGAAGGAAGCCCAGUGCCGCAGGAGGGGACACAAUAUUUAAGAUCACUUAAAGGGUCAAUGCAGCCUCUUCAGUGGAUGCAGAACUUACACAUUCACCAUCUCUUGUGCAGCAUAGACUCAUAGACUCUAGGACUGGAAGGGACCUCGAGAGGUCAUCGAGUCCAGUCCCCUGCCCUCAUGGCAGGACCAAAUACUGUCUAGACCAUUCCUAAUAGACAUUUAUCUAACCUACUCUUAAAUAUCUCCAGAGAUGGAGAUUCCACAACUUCCCUAGGCAAUCUAUUCCAGUGUUUAACUACCCUGACAGUUAGGAACUUUUUCCUAAUGUCCAACCUAAAUCUCCCUUGCUGCAGUUUAAGCCCAUUGCUUCUUGUUCUAUCAUUGGAGGCUAAGGUGAACAAGUUUUCUCCCUCCUCCUGAUGACACCCUUUUAGAUACCUGAAAACUGCUAUCAUGUCCCCUCUCAGUCUUCUCUUUUCCAAACUAAACAAACCCAAUUCCUUCAGCCUUCCUUCAUAGGUCAUGUUCUCAAGACCUUUAAUCAUUCUUGUUGCUCUUCUCUGGACCCUCUCCAAUUUCUCCACAUCUUUCUUGAAAUGCGGUGCCCAGAACUGGACACAAUACUCUAGUUGAGGUCUAACCAGCGCAGAGUAAAGCGGAAGAAUGACUUCUCGUGUCUUGUUUACAACACACCUGUUAAUGCAUCCCAGAAUCACGUUUGCUUUUUUUGCAACAGUUUCACACUGUUGACUCAUAUUAAGCUUGUGAUCUACUAUGACCCCUAGAUCUCUUUCUGCCAUACUCCUUCCUAGACAGUCUCUUCCCAUUCUGUAUGUGUGAAACUGAUUGUUCCUUCCUAAGUGGAGCACUUUGCAUUUAUCUUUAUUGAACUUCAUCCUGUUUACCUCAGACCAUUUCUCCAAUUUGUCCAGAUCGUUUUGAAUUUUGACCCUGUCCUCCAAAGCAGUUGCAAUCCCUCCCAGUUUGGUAUCGUCCGCAAACUUAAUAAGCGUACUUUCUAUGCCAACAUCUAAAUUGUUGAUGAAGAUAUUGAACAGAGCCGGUCCCAAAACAGACCCCUGCGGAACCCCACUUGUUAUACCUUUCCAGCAGGAUUGGGAGCCAUUAAUAACUACUCUCUGAGUACGGUUAUCCAGCCAGUUAUGCACCCACCUUAUAGUAGCCCCAUCUAAAUUGUACUUUCCUAGUUUAUCUAUAAGAAUAUCAUGCGAGACCGUAUCAAAUGCCUUACUAAAGUCUAGGUAUAUCACGUCCACCGCUUCUCCCUUAUCCACAAGGCUCGUUAUCCUAUCAAAGAAUGUUAUCAGAUUAGUUUGACACGAUUUGUUCUUUACAAAUCCAUGCUGGCUAUUCCCUAUCACCUUACCACCUUCCAACUGUUUGCAGAUGAUUUCUUUAAUUAUCUGCUCCAUUAUCUUCCCUGGCACAGAAGUUAAACUAACUGGUCUGUAGUUUCCUGGGUUGUUUUUAUUUCCCUUUUUAUAGAUGGGCACUAUAUUUGCCCUUUUCCAGUCUUCUGGAAUCUCCCCCAUCUCCCAUGAUUUCCCAAAGAUAAUAGCUAGAGGCUCAGAUACCUCCUCUAUUAACUCCUUGAGUAUUCUAGGAUGCAUUUCAUCAGGCCCUGGUGACUUGCAGGCAUCUAACUUUUCUAAGUGAUUUUUUACUUGCUCUUUUUUAUCUUCUAAACCUACCCUCUUCCCGUAAGCAUUCACUAUACUAGACAUUCCUUCAGACUUCUCAGUGAAGACCGAAACAAAGAAGUCAUUAAGCAUCUCUGCCAUUUCCAAGUCUCCCGUUACUGUUUCCCCUUCCUCACUGAGCAGUGGGCCUACCCUGUCCUUGGUCUUCCUCUUGCUUCUAAUGUAUUGAUAAAAAGUCUUCUUGUUUCCCUUUAUUCCUAUAGCUAGUUUGAGCUCAUUUUGUGCCUUUGCCUUUCUAAUCUUGCCUCUGCAUUCCUGUGUUAUUUGCCUAUAUUCGUCCUUUGUGAUCUGACCUAGUUUCCAUUUUUUUUUGUAGGUCACGCAAGAUCUCGUGGUUAAGCCAAGGUGGUCUUUUGCCACAUUUUCUAUCUUUCCUAACCAUCGGAAUAGCUUGCUUUUGGGCCCUUAAUAGCGUCCCUUUGAAAAACUGCCAACUCUCCUCAGUUGUUUUUCCCCUCAGUCUUGAUUCCCAUGGGACCUUACCUAUCAGGUCUCUGAGCUUACCAAAAUCCACCUUCCUGAAAUCCAUUGUCUCUAUUUUGCUGUACUCCCUUCUACCCUUCCUUAGAAUUGCAAACUCUGAUUUCAUGAUCACUUUCACCCAAGCUUCCUUCUACUUUCAAAUUCUCAACAAGUUCCUCCCUAUUUGUUAAAAUCAAGUCUAGCAAGGUACGUUGCAUCCUACCUCUGCAACCAUUUCUCCCUCCAGAUCUCUGCUGAAAAACCAUCUUUCAAUGCUCACGACACUAACUCUACUGCACAAUAACUCCAUUGCCAUGGUACUACUGCACAGGUGCUUUAGAGGUUUAAAUCUAACAUUGCAUUAAUACCUAAAGUGAAUAAGCCCUGGCAAACAAAGAGAGCCUGAGUCAGCCCAGAACUUGAAACAAUAACUCAGAAAAGUGCCCCAUUUAAUUGAUUGACGUGUUAACUCUGGAACUUAGUGAUGACACUAAGUCGUCUUUUUCUUUUUCCUUUAUGCCGGUUUUUCCUGUUGAGGGUUGUGACAGCAACAUGGAGAGUAGGGAUGACUAGACCUCCUUUUCCUCCACAACAGACUCCAGCUCCUCCUGGGGGAUUCCCACGAUGGGCUGGCCCUCCGCAAUGGAAACUGGCCUGACACUAAAAUUACCACAUUAAUUCGUAAAUUAAUUUAGCUCAUUUUAGUGAAUGAGAGCUUGGAGCUGCAGAGGGGAGAAAGGAAGAGAGUGACAAAGACAAGGGGAAAGAGCAGAGAGGGGAGGAUGGAGAAAGAAGAGAUGGAAAGGACAGGUUGCUCUAAAAGAAGGAUCCCCCUGAGUGAUGUUGAAUGCGGGACAGAAGAGCUAAGAACUCAGGCCUGGAACCUCCAAGGUUUCCUUGGAGCCUAAAUACUUUUGAGGGUCUAAGUCUCAAUUACUAGUUUAAAGCCAGAUUCUGCUACUGGAAUGUGAUUUUAUUUGGAGGGUUUUCAUAAAUCUCUAGCCCCAGGAGUCAUAUGAUUACAUGAGAAUAUUUCUAGCCUUCCUGAUUGUAGAGAAAAGUUUGAAAAUGGGAUCCUCCCCUCCCCAACAAGGGUUUUAAAAAAAACCCUUAAUUUGUGUAUUAAAAAAAGUCAUAAUUUUGGGGAGAUUUUUGAAUGUUUGGGUUCGACAAAACUGGAUUAACAAAAUCUAAAGGUCAUAAAUUUUGGUCGCAGCUUGAACUGGGUGAAAUGUUUUGACAAAAUCUUUUUUAUUUUUGGCCAAAAAUGCAGAUCUGUUGACACCAAAACAAUAUGAGAAUGUUUAUCAAUUUUGCCAGAUCAAUUUAGCAGACAAACAACCUAGAAACAAACUCCAAAAGAGCUGAUCAUUUCAUUUCGCUGGUUUUGGCUUUUUGUUUCAUAAUUUCCUUUAAUUUUGUUUUUAAACCUUAAAAAUCAAAAUGAAACUUUUUUUUCGACAAUUUUUUUGUUGUUGUUGCAAUGAGAAUUUUGAAACAAAAUUGUUCUUGACUUUAUCGAAGACUAAUUUUUGUUUGAUUUGUUGGAACUUCCAACAAAGUGGAAAAAAUCCAUUAUAUGCCCAGCAUUAGUUGUGACCUCACCUGCCCUUUCUGUGUUGCUCAACGUGUGUGUAGGAGGGUGGGGGGGAUCAAGGUUAGAUGGGAAGUGGACACUAGUGUGCAAAGAGCACACCUGGUCUCUCUACGCUUAAAACUUAGGUUGACCUAGAUACUUUGUCGGGUGUGAAAACUUCACAGCCCUGAGAGAUGUAGUGAAGCUUCCUCAGCCCCCUUGUAGACACCGCUUGGUCAAGGAAAGUAUUCUACAGUCUCACCAGGAGCUGGAUUUACAGUAGUGACGAGAAGAAAACCACCUGUCUCAUUAGCAAGUAUCUACACUGCACCAGCGUAUCUGCAGCCCUAAGUUAACCCAGUGCAUCUGCCAUGAUGUGAGUCUGGGAUCGCUGCCUCUGCAGACACAGGUGGCUACUCUUUGAGCUAAAGAACCAGACUUGUGAACAGCUGCUACUACAGGGGGACAGAGACUCUGAGUGUAGGAUACAGACCCAUGGGAUACACUUGGGAAAAGGCCGAAGAGACAUUGAACCAAAGUUGGGGUAAGAAGUAGCCAGUGGAUCUUGGAGACAUUUGAAGCUGGGACUGGAUGAUAUGGGAUGGAUCACUUGAUAAUUGCCCUGUUCUGGUCAUUCCCUCUGAAGCAAUUGCCACCAGCGACUUUGGGAAGACAGGACACUGGGCCAGAUGGAUCAUUGGUCUGACCCCGUAUGGUUGUUCUGAUGAACUUUAUUUUUUUAUGCCUUUUUGAGUAGAUCUGAUCAGAAUUUGACAAGAAACAUUUUUAACAGUGUUUUCUCCAGGACUUGUUUGCCAUCCUUUAUAUAUUUAUUUAUUCAUUUACAAUUUUGACAGAAACUGUGAAUGGGAGAUAUUUAGUCAGCAUCUCUCAUCAUCUGCAUUUAAUUCAUUACUUUGAGCUAAGACUGUUUGGGUCGGGAGAGCUCCUGGAAGGUUUUAGUCCCUUCCCCUGGGCUGUGUAAAUACCAGAGUAACCCAUAAUGACUCCCAGUUAGGAACCAAAAUGAGUGGCCAGAUUUUUCAAUAGAUUCAUGUAGAUUAAGGCUAGAAGGGACCAUUAAAUGAUCUAGUCUGGCCUCCUGUUUAGCACGGUCCAGAGAAUUUUCCCCACUUACCCCUGUAUUGAGCCCAAGAACUUGUGUUUGGCUAACAUCUAUCUUCUAGAAAGGCACCAGUCCGGCGUCCAGCUCACAGACACCAUAUCCAGUUGUUAAGAUAAGUUCCUGUCUGCAUCCUAAAGACUUGCCCAUACCGGUAUUGCCCUGGCCUCUUCCUUUGUCAGUCAGUGUUAAAGGCCUUCUGAACUAUAUGGAUUUCCUCACCUUUUGGGGGCGAAGCCAGACUUUCAGGCACCUGCUCCCCUACUUGGUGUAAACUUUGCUUGUACCAAUCAGAAACGAACACACACAGUUUUUGGGCCCCAUCCCCUAUGACACUUCUAUGAUGUCAUAGUGGGUAUUUUAGGCUGGUUUACCAUGUGCAGGCAGAAGAGGAGAAAGAAAAACGAAUCCUGUGUACCUUGUGCACACCCGUAACCGAGCCUGAUCACCUCGAAGCCUCUCUCAGCUCACGUGUUUUAAGCAGAGUUUCUACGUUUGCCGGUCGUUAUGAGUUGGUUUGUUUUCAUAAGUAUUGGUUAUUACUAAAUGCUGCAUCUGUGUUUAUAAAUAUUGUUUAUUGCAUCUUUGUUUAUAAAUAUUGUUUAAUAGUAAAUACUUUAGCCAUUGUAUGUUUUAAGUUCCAUUAACCCUAUUAGCUAAUCAUAUGCUGCUCCCCUACCCCCUGUAACUAUCCCCAAUAAAACUUUUAAUUAACUAA